UUAGUUUCAUUUCUCUCUCAUCUUCGUCUCUUCAGUGUUUCUGUUUUUUGUUUAUCUAUUUAUUAUAUUGAGCUGAUUAUUAUUAUAAUUUUCUUCUCUCGUUAGGUUUUCUUUUCGUUGAUCUUGUGUCUCUCUCUCUCUCUUUCUUUCUCUUGUGAUUAGUAAAAAUCAUUUUGUUGUGAUAGAAAUAUAAUAAUGUCUUUAUCCAAGGAUAACAAUCAAUCUGAUAACACCUUUUACAAUGCUUCCGAUGAAGCAUUUGACGUUACAACAGAAUCAAAUUUUGCCAACAUGGAUCCUGAGCAAAAAGCUGCUUUAGAAGAGGAAUGGCGAACAGAACUGGCAAGGACUGAAGAGGAGAUUCAAACCUUGCGACAAGUUCUUUCAUCGAAAUUACGCCAUUCAUCUGAAUUGAAAAAGAAACUCGGCAUCUCUGUAUGGAAAGAAUUUCGAGAUGAUAUUGGUCAAGGAGUUAAAAGUAUUCAAGAAUCCACAGCCUCUGGGUUUGGAAUACUAGCAGCUCCAACCUCUGCUUAUCAAAAAACCACCGAGACUGUUAAAACUGUGGGUGAAAGGACAACAUCCGUUUUAGGAAGUCUUGGUGGUAGUAUGGCCCGAAAAUUAGGGGAAGUGAAAAAUUCCAAUGCAUUUAAAUCGUUCGAAGAGCGAGUUGUCUCAGCAACCGGAAAUCUAAAAGAUCGAAUGACUGGCUCAAGAAGUAACAGUACCAACAGUUUCGAAGAUGCUCUCAACAGUGAACGACGAAACUCUCAAACAGCUACACCCGCUACUACACCCACCAUACCUGAAGAGAAAUCGCUCUCUUAAAAAACACUUGCACAUAUUAACCUAAAACACAAACACACCACAUAUACACAAUUGUUCAAUCCAAAGAAGAACGAAAAAAUUCCAAAUUGAAAAUUCUUAAUGGAUUCAACAUUGCAAGUUUUAAUUAUUAACUAUUAGCUGAUUAAUAAUCUAAUUCUCUAUACACUUGGAUUGAAAAACUAAAGCAACAAAAAAAACAAGGAGAUUAUCUCAAAAAAUGGUUAUUUAUAUUUAAUUUUAAAAACAGUGAAAAAGUUAUUGAUUUAUUCUUCCUUCUCUGCACCUCUUUUAUUGUUGAUUUACCAUAUCGACUGAGAUUAUCAAUAAUCAACAUCAUCAAUUUCCAACAACCAGCAAACUACAGUAUCAAAGCAAAACAACAAAAAAUUUAUUCUAAACGUGUGUCAAUAUAAAUUAUCUCUCUCUCUCUCGUUACGAUAAAACUAAAAGCGUAUUUUGAAUUUUCCCUUUCACCUCACAAAAAAAAUAGGUAAGACUCGAGAUGUCAACUCGAUCGAAGCAAAAUCGAUACUAUCAUAUGAUUUGGUUACGUUUUUUGCACUUAAUUUAAUUUUCUUACCUCAUUUAUGUUUGUUUCUUGUUAAUUGUGAGUUGGCAUUUUCCUUAUUGUUAGUCGAUUGAAUCAACCUGUGAAUAAUCAAUCAUGGAUUCCUAUCAAGAUUUGUAUCACUUUUGUCAAUCGUUGAAAGCGAUCAAUGAGACAAUCGCUAUUCUUGAAGCUCAUAUUAAAUUAAAUGAAACUCUCAAGGCUGAA